CGUGACGUCACAGGCGGGCGCGGGGCGGCCGGGCGCCGCAGUGCGGGCAGGAGGCGCCGGCAGCGGCGGGGUGAGGCCAGACCGGACCGGACCGGGCCGGGCCUUGCACGCACUUGUGCGUCCGCGCCAUGGUUCGCUUCGGGCUGACCGUCGUCCGGCAUGGAGAAACAAGAUACAACAAAGACAAGAUACUGCAAGGUCAAGGAGUAGAUGAGCCACUCUCAGCAACUGGUUUCAGACAAGCAGAUGCUGCUGGUUUAUUUCUCAGUAAUGUGAAGUUUACUCACGUCUUUUCAAGUGACCUUCUUCGAGCAAAGCAGACUGCUGCCACAAUUCUAGGAAAAAAUAAGUUUUGCAAAGGUUUGGAAAUCAAGUGUGAUGCAAGACUUCGAGAGAGAAAAUACGGUGUUGCAGAAGGAAGGCCUUUGACUGACCUCAAGGCUAUGGCAAAGGCUGCUGGAGAGCAGUGUCCGUCAUUCACGCCUUCUGGAGGAGAAACACUGGAUGAAGUAAGAGAACGUGCAAAGGAGUUUUUUGAAUUUCUGUGUCAGCUAGCUGUUGAAUUGGAACAGAAAGAACAAGACAUGCACGGUGCGGCAAGCAGAAGCUCAGGAACAUCUGCAGAACAGUUCGUUUUCCCUUGGACAAACCACUGCAGUGAAGCAGAACUUAGCUCUGAUAACGGUGGAGCUUCUAAAAUAUUAGAUGCCAAUAUAUUAGUGGUGAGUCAUGGAGCCUACAUGAGGAACUGGAUUGGUUAUUUUGUUUCAGAUCUGAACUGUACUUUACCAACAAAUUUAACAAAGUCUCAGCUGUCUUCUGUCAGUCCCAAUACAGGAGUUAGUCACUUCAUUAUAAAACUUGAAAAUGGAAAUUUGUUAAAACCUGAAAUCACAUGUGUUUGUCUUAAUCAAGACUCUCACUUAGUGGAUGUGGGAGCUGAAUGUGUAGCUCCAAAAGUCUUUUAAGAGUCUUUAUAGGGGAAGUGGGUUUAGAUGAUCAUUAUACUAAGCUUGGGAAGGGUAUCUGUAGUAAUUACUGAGAUUGACUGGAGUUAUUGACACCGAACUGCAAAACUGAAGACAUGCAACCACUUACUGUCUUAACACAAUUUGCAUGGCCCUAGUGCCAGAUAAAAGUUGGCGCUAAAGAAAUAACACAAAUGUUCUUUAUGAACACAAACGUAAUAUUUCCAGUCACUUGCAUAUCUGCUCCUAGAGUGCAUAUUUUUAAAAACUUCUUUUCAUUAUCCCAUAAUUAUUUUGGUUAUAUCCAGGUAAAAGAGUUGAGGAGGGGAGAGGAACGGUACCUCAAAGAUGAGCUAUACUGUAUUCUUGUUUUAUUACAAAAUGCUAUAUUGUAAUCUUAAACAUAUAUGUUGUUUUAAAAUAACUUUUUUGAAUGCAAUAGUAUAACCUAAAAAGGAGCCUUGCCUAGUGGAAAAGAUUUGGUACAGAGUCAGGGGACGCGUUCCUGGCUCUGAUACUAAAUAGCUGUGGGAUGCUGGGCAAAUCUCUUUUCCAUUUGUAAAAUGGGGAUGAUGAUAAACCUACCUCGCAGGAGUGUUUUGUAAGAAAUUGUUAGUGUUGUUGAGACCUCUCUUGAAGAGCACUGUACACAAACAUAAAGUAUUUAUUUUUAACUGUAAGCAGGAUGAGGAACCUCAUGUGCACAUAGUUGAAAUAAUGGUCUCUCUUCUGUAAAGGAACCUUAUCGAUAGGGUGAGCUGUACCCAACUAGAAUCCUGUUGUCAAUUGCAGUCGUACACUUGAUGGAUGAGUAUUUUUGCCUACAAUUAGGCGGGUUUGAUUGCCUGAUGAUUGCUUAUAGUUGCUGCUCUUACUGCAUUCUUUCCCCACUGGGGUGUUUGUAGUGUUAAUGUGUAAGCUUACUUGAUUUAUGUUAUUUAUGAUAUCCAUACACUUUUUCUUUUUUUUGCAUAUUUUAAGCCUGUUUAAACAAAGAAUUUUAAAAAAAUUAAAGGCUCCUGAAUAGAACUCCA